UCAUACAUUACUUCGGUACGUCGAUUUCCAGAGAAUAACAUCCCGGCGCCGAAGACUCAUUCCGCGUUGAUUUUAUAGUGCGCAAUUAGCUUCUCGUCCCUCUCAGAGAGCAAUUCCUAGUUAGAAAAUGGCAAGUCCCCCAAGUCUUCUCCCCAGUCCGCGUUUUGAAACAAGCCUCGUGUUUCUCCUAUUUUGUCUCAUUGCUUUGGACAAGCUGACCAACUGGGUGUGUUUUCUCUCUGUUGGGUCUGUGGAAAGUUUCGGUCUUGGUUUCUGGGUUCUGUGGAACCGCUGUUUUUUAGGUUCAUGGGUUUGUGAGGUUUUCGGUGUUUUCGGGAUUGAGGUGAAAGCUUGGCAACUACAGUAUGGCUGCUGCGGUUAUGAGGAAGCUGAGUGCUGCUUUGGCUUCAAAAGGUGCUGAUUUUGAUGUCGAGAGUUACGAAGAUUUGAGCGCGGAGUUGGAAUACUCGUUUGCAGUGGAGUACCAAGGUCCUCCGGUGGGUUAUGAAAUCCCACAUGCGUUUCCGAUUGACAUUCACCGAAUCCCGACUGCUGCUCCGGUUUCUUCACCGGCGCUGUUGCACAAUCUGUCGCUGCCGAUCAUCCAGCCCAUUGCGAAGUCCAGUCAGAGCAGGAAGGUCAGAGUAGAGUCUAAACUUGGGGAUGAAGUAAAGGCGGUUCUUGAUUCAGGUGAAGAGAAGGGUGUGUGUAGUGAAGUUGGGAGCUCUGGAGAAUUGGGUUGUGGAAAGUUGGAGGGGGAGGUGGAGUUGGGUGAGGAUGGUGGAGAAGGUGAUUGGGGAUCAACAGACUCUGGGUUGAGCUCAAGAAGUGUUUCCUCUGAGGUUUUCUCUGGCAGAGAGGAAGCUGGUGUGGAUGAGAUUGUUCCUCACCAUGUGAAAAGGCCAUCGACUGUGACGUUUCGCGAUCCGGAUUCAAAUGACAUAGUUGUGCAGGAAGCGGAGUUCAAUGCCUCUGAUGGGGAUGAGAGUUUGCAAGUGAGGCCGAGGGUGGAGAGGAAUGGGAAGAAGGGGUCGUGCUAUCGAUGUGGGAGAGGGAACAAGUUCACUGAGAAGGAGGUGUGCAUUGUUUGUGGUGCAAAGUAUUGCUUUGAUUGUGUGCUGAGGGCAAUGGGGUCAAUGCCGGAAGGAAGGAAAUGUGUUACUUGCAUUCGGUUUGGGAUUGAUGAGUCGAGGCGAGGGAGUAUUGGCAAGUCUUCUAGGAUGCUCUGGCGGCUUCUGACUAAGGCGCAAGUGGAAGUGGUCAUGAAAGCUGAGAUAUCAUGCCAAGCAAAUCAACUGCCAGGCAAUCUUGUCUUCGUGAACGACGAGCCUCUUACACAAGAAGAGCUCUCUAGAUUGCAAGGUUGCAGAAACCCUCCAAAAAAUCUAAAACCAGGAUCUUAUUGGUAUGAUAAUGUAUCUGGCUUUUGGGGAAAGGUUGGGCGUAGGCCUUGCCAAGUUAUAAGCCCCCAGCUGAAUGUUGGGGGCCAUUUAAGGGAAAAUGCUAGUAAUGGGGACACAAAAAUAAUGAUAAACGGUCGAGUGAUCACCAAGUUAGAGGUCUUCAUGCUGCAGAUGGCAGGAGUGCCAUGUGAAGGAAAACUCAACUACUGGGUGAAUGCAGAUGGAUCCUAUCAGGAAGAGGGAAUGAAUAACGUCAAAGGAAAGAUAUGGGACACGAAAAUAAAGCUGGUUUGUACUAUCUUGUCUCUACCAAUUCCUUCUGAACCUACAAUUCCUCCUCCUGCGGAAGAAGACAGAAACUUUAUUGAAGAGAAACUGCUCGACAAACUUGUUUUAGUUGGGUAUCAUAAAUCUGGCUCAAGCACUAUAUUUAAACAGGCAAAGUUUUUGUAUAAUGUUCCUUUUUGUGAAGAUGAGCGCCAAAAUAUUAAGUUCAUGAUCCAAAGCAGAUUGUACAGUUAUCUUGGUAUACUGCUUGAGGGGCGUGAAUGGUUUGAAGAAGAAAGUUUGGUUGAAAACAGAAAAGGAGAGCUUCGAGAUGAACCUGGUCCUUCAGGAAUUACAAGCCAGCUGGACAGUAAAACAACGUAUACCAUUGGCCCGAGACUGAAAUCUUUUGCAGAUUGGCUACUAAAGAAUAUGAUAUCAGGUACUUUGGAAGCCAUAUUUCCUGCGGCUACUCGUGAAUAUGCACCGUUUGUUGAGGAGUUGUGGAAUGAUCCAGCUAUUCAAGCCACAUACAACCGGAGGAAUGAAUUAGAAAUGCUACCCAGACAAGCUACAUAUUUUCUUAAUCGGGCUGUAGAAAUUUCAAGGACCGAUUAUGAGCCCUCAGACAUGGACAUCUUGUACGCAGAGGGAAUUACCUCGUCCAACAGCCUUAAUACCAUGGAAUUUUCAUUGACUAGAUCAUCUCAACGUAGCGAUCUGGACUCUAUCUAUCAGCUUAAUCCUUCGCAAAGGUAUCAGCUCAUUAGAGUGCAUAGCCUUGGAGGAAGUUGCAAGUUGCUGGAGAUGUUUGAAGAUGUUGAUAUGGUCAUAUUUUGUGUUGCUUUGACAGACUACGAUGAGUUUUGUGAAGAUGCUAGUGGGGUAUCCAUAAACAAGAUGAUGGCAAGUAAGCAGCUGUUUGAAAGUAUUGCAACUCAUCCGGCUUUUGAUCAGAAACACUUCCUUCUGAUACUCAACAAGUUUGAUCUGCUCGAAGAAAAGAUUGACCAAGUCUCUCUCACUCGAUGCGAAUGGUUUAAUGACUUCAAUCCAGCAACCAGUCAUAAUCCCAACAGUAGUAAUAAUAACAGUAAUAAUCCUACACUGGCUCAUCGAGCCUUUCAGUAUAUUGCAAUGAAGUUCAAAAGACUAUUUCAUACCCAAACAGAUAGAAAGUUGUUUGUCUCCCAAGUUACUGCAUUAGAGCCUGAUACUGUAGAUGAAGCUCUCAGAUAUGCUAGUGAGAUUCUAAGAUGUGAGGAAGAGGUACCCAGAUUAAUUAAUGAGUUCUCUUCGGCUAGCAUUGAUGCCAGUUCUACAGUUUAAAUGUCUGAGCAAAAAUGUGGCUUCUAAGUGAGGCCUUGCGUUAAUUACUGUUGUGCAAAUUGUUUAUAUGCAUAAAUGUAUACAGAUAUAUAAGAAGAAUAUAGAGGCCAGAUUCUUUUCUA